AUGGUAAAAACGGGGAAGUUCACUAAUGGUCCCGGAAACACCUCCACUCCGGGAACACACCAACGGCCCGGGGAACACACCAACGGUCCGGGAAACACACCAACGGCCCGGGGAACACACCAACGGCCCGGGGAACACAUCAACGGCCCGGGGAACAGCGGCCAACACCUGCCGCUUCAGCCCAACCUCUCUGUGUCCUCCUCCAUGGUCGGGGUCUCCGAGGAGGACCAGCAGGAGGUGUUCCAGGUGUUCUGGGGCUCCACCUUCACCAUCAGCUGCUCCAUCCAGCCACAGUACCCAGGAGGCUCCUUCCAGCUCACCUUCACCUCCUCCAACUCAGCACACAACUCCACCCAGCCAGCUGUCAAUCACUCUGCCCACUUCCUGUUUCCUGCUGCAGAGCCCACCCACCAAGGAAGCUACAGCUGUGUUUAUCACCUCUAUGUUUUCUCUCAUAACUUCUCCUCUGAGAGCCGUGUGCUCUCUCUCAGCGUCAUGGAUCCGAGGCCUUUAAUCAUCAGAGCGAUCCUCCUGCCGCUGAUUCUGCUGGUGGAGAACAUUGUCCUUUACUUCUACUGUAGGGCCAGAAGGGGGCAGCUGCCGUGCAGACAGAAGAACAUUGAGCCGGAUUAUUAUAACCUGGGUGUCCCUGCAGCUGAAGGAGGGCCGACUGAAGAGGAAGGAGCUCAGGAAGCAGAGUAGCACCUCCAAGGAGCUCAUGGAGGUUAAGCAUUUAUACACCUUUUUACCCCAACUUGGAAUUAUUCCCAUUUAUUUACCCUUACAAAACUUCAAUUCAUUUAGAUUGGCACA